AUGGCAACCAAAGCAACCCGUAAGAUAAGCUUGAAGCUUCUAAUCAACAAAAUGGACAAUAAAGUUGUCUUCGCUGAAGCCAAAAAGGAUUUCAUAGAUUUCCUCUUCAACAACUUCUUGACUUUGCCCAUUGGCACCAUCGUGAGUUUCCUCCCAAAAGAAAAUUGCCUAAGAGACCUGCAUGAGAGUAUCAACAAAUUGGAAAAAGCUUACCUGCUGCAUAACGAGAGCGAGGACUUGACCUUGAAACUGAAAACACCAGUCUUUGUUUUUCUUCCUUUCUUUAAUCGUUAUUCAUCAAGGAGUCGGAGUGAUCAGCUUACCUACAUGGUGGUUGAUGACUAUUCGGUUUCAUCAAGGAGUCGGAGUGAUCAGCACGACGACUUGGUUACCUACAUGGUGGCUGAUGACUUAUCGGUUACACCCAUGUCCAUGACAUCAACCAUGGCUCUAUUUAAGAAAUACAACAUACAGGAAGUUGAUGUUCUUGAGGAAAAGGUGGUUUCAAUUGGCCUUGAAGAGGCUUUGCACCUGUUGCAUUGUGCUUUGCAUUCCAAGGAAGCUCUCACUAAUGUCUUCCUUUAGAAAGAAGAAACAAAAACAAAUGAAGGAUAAGGGGAUGAUUUAGUUUGUUCUCCUCCCUUACAAUCUAUAAAUUUGGUUGUUUGAGGGCUGAA